CCGUUCGGACUUUCAACGCUGGGGCGGGUUCAUCUUACUUGAAAUUAUGCUCGGCCAGCGAAGAUGAGAUUUGCCUAUAUCAGCGCAGGUUACGUACACAAAUGCCCUUAAAAUUGUGCUUGUACAGCUUUGUUGUUUUGCUGCAGCAAUAUCCAAACGGAUUCUUACACCUUAAAACAUAGAAACGCUGGAUUAGCAGCGACUGCCCCUCUCCCUUAGCUCUUAACAAGAGAAGCACACUCCUAUGCCAACUCUCGUCACUGCACAGCCUUCACGUCAAAAGGGAACAGGUGCUUGAGAAGGUUGUGAAGGCGCGCCCGUCGUAACGGGUUGCCUUCUGGUGUUGAUAAAAACGAUCUUUGAUAGGGAUUGUUGAUGCUGCAUCGCUCUGUUUUGGAUCGCGGCAAGGCGCGCAUGGUGACACUUAUUAUUAGCCAAAACACGCGAAAACCUUGCCCGGGCUCCAACCACGACUAUACGCAGUCGGCCACGCCCUUCGUCCCUGGAAGCCUCGGACACGCAUCUAUAAUUGGUCUUGGGCAGCAGCGCGGAGCAUCUAAUGGCGCCCGGAGGUGACACCGCCGUGCCCUGCCGCUGGUCAGACCCCGCAGCCGGGCAGGCAUGCACUUCAACAUGCCUGGGCACGACCGUGACCACAAGCAGCAGCAAUAGCAUAAACGACCUGCUCUACUGUUGCGACAGCACUAUCGAUGGCAGUAGUAGCGGUAACAGCAGCAGCAGGUUCGCCCGAGCCCACACGGGCGAUGCCGGCAGAUGCAGUGACGGUGGAGGCGGUGGCGGCGCCGGUGGUAUCGCGGCAACGAGCCUGCGGGAGGCGCUGUUGGGGCUGGGGCUGGAGCUGGGUAGUUUGGGGGCGGCGGCGAGCGCGCUGCCGUUCAUACACACGGCGGCGCUGACUGCUGCAGCCUGUGGCAGCAGCGGAGGCGGCGGCGCGGUGGGUGGUGGUGCUGCUGCUGAAUGCCCUCCUCAGCCGGCUGCUGCGGCAGCGAAGGAGCGACAGCCGCAACCAGAAUACGGCAAGAUCAUGGCCGUUGAAGACCUCCUCGACCCGCAGGCGCGCGGCUGCGCCGGCACUGACGGCGGCGGCGGCGGCGGGCGCGGACUGUACCGUACGUACGGCAUGUGGGCCGAGGCGGCCGCGGCGAAGGCGGCCCAGGCGGCAGCAAUGGUGGUGGGGAAGGGGCGGCUCGCCCCUGCUGCCGCCGCACGUGUCGGCAGCAAUGGUUGCGGUGGAGGUCGCGGCGGCGGUGGCAGCAAGGCCGCCAGCUGCCUGCUCGGUGUGGACCUGCUGCUGCAGCACCUGGCCCUGGCGGCGGCGGAGGUGACAGCGGCAGCAGCAGCUGCCACAUCGCCGCCGCCGCCGCCAGCAGCAGCAGCUGCCGCAGCAGCUACAGCCGCCACGUCAUCGCCUGGUGUGCCCACCAGUGUGCCCAGUGCUGAUGCCGUGGGGACAUCGCCGCAGCGGCAGGAGCAGCUCCGUGCGUGGACAGGCGCGGGCGUCAGUGGCGGCUGUAGAACCGUGGGGCCACCGCCGGUGGCUGCUGGUGCUGAUGCGGCGGCGGCCGGUGCCCAGAGCUGCUACAGCCGUGGCUUUGAGGCCGACCUCAAGACUGUCGUGCUGCCAGCCGCCGCCGCUGCCUCGGCAGCAAUAACAACAGGCUCGCCGCGGUGUGUCGGGCAUGGGGUGGGACACGAGGCAAGUGGCGUGGGCAACGGUGGGGCGGAUGGGGUCGCUGCUAUGUCGCCCGCCGGUCGGGCUGCUGAUGUGCCGCAGCAGCGCCGUCGGCCCCUGCUGGCGAGACUGCUGGGAGCCUGCAUCCGGGGGCAGUAGGCCCCAGGCAAUGGGUUAGAGGUGUUGUGUGGCGAUGGUUGGCACAUUGACAAGCAAGCAAUGCCGUGGCAGGCAGGCAUCUAUGUGCUGCGCAACCAUGGUCUUGCACGCACACGUAUUUUCAACGGCAUGCCUACUUGAGUGGUGAUUUCAGUUGGCAUUGAUGCAGCCUCAACACAUACAAAGUGCCCAGUUUUCCGUUCGUUUUUCUUGUUGAGGAUACUACAGUAUGCUUUGUUGUGGGUGUGUUUCUCUUUGGGGGUUGAUGACGUAUGCAUGUGUGACAGCGAAUGCGCGCGUGCGUGUUUGUGUGUGUACGGGGUUUCAAACACUUUACGUUCAAUCAUUGGAUGCGAGGAGAGCCGGCGCGCAAUACCUUGGUUAGUUGCUAUGUGUGGAGGGCGUGUAUUCUGUGUGUGGUAUGCGGUAUGCGGGGAGCAAACUAAGCGAUGGUGCGCACGGUACGCAUGAACGUGCGCGGCUAGCUGUGCGUGCUGCCGUGGCGAUACGUGCCGCCACGCACAUGCUGCUGCAUGCAGUGGCCAGCAGCGCAUGUAGCAGCUCCCACCCCCCGUGCCGGUAAUGCAUUGCCCUUGCGAUAAUGCACAUGCAUGGGUAGUGGACAAACUCCCAAGGACCGCGUGCGUGCAUACGCGGUUGGUGCGCAGCGGCAGAAUGCAGGCGAGAGCUGGUCCAUGCAAGAAGCAGCAAGACAUGCUUCCAAGCAUACGGUACACAUGCGGUUCAUCUUCGUUAACAUGGCUAGUGCGGCACUGCUGCAUACGUUUGGUGAGCACGUGGAAGGGAGCAGGCGUAGGUGUGUGCGGUGUGCGCGACAAGCGAUGUAUGUGCGGUGCGGUGUAUGAGCGGCACGUACGUGUGUGGCCACUGCUGCUGACGGAGCAGUGCCUCUGGCCUUGCUUGCCUCCGGCGGCCUUACUUGCCUCCGACGGCCUUACUUGCCUCCAGUGUCAGAGGGCGCACUCCUGGGUGUCAGCACCAUUUCAUAUGGCGGGGUUGAGUCAUGGGGUAACUGAAGCAGUGAAGUGGAGCAGUCCUGCUGGCAUGCUUCUGUGCUCCCAUGCCGUGUCAGAACCCGCCUGGGGCGUGUGUGUGUAUGUGUGUGUGUGCGUGUGUGUGUGUGUGUGUGUGUGUGUGUGUGUGUGUGUGUGUGUGUGUGUGUGUGUGUGUGUGUGUGUGUGUGUGUGUGUGUGUGUGUGUGUGUGGCCACAGGUGCUUCAUGAGUUCAUGUGGUGAGACUCAAUGUGCUUUGCGCUUUGUUUUUGGGCUGAGCCCCCCCAGCGAAGCGUUCCAGGGGGGGGCGAAGCCCCCCAGGAACACCCCGGUCCGUGCGUGCGUGCGUGGUGCGUGCGUGGUGCGUGCGUCGGCAAAACAUAGCAUACUGGCACAAACUGCGACUGCUACGUAUUAGUAUUUGUUAAUUCCUAUUGCAUGUAAAUAGGUGGCAGGGAAAAUUCGGGCGGAGCGAGAAGUGCCUUCGCGCGUCCAUGGAAAUUGACUUUCGCGAGGUCGCGAGGAAAGCAUCCGGUGCCCGCCGAUAUGCAGUCUAUAAGGCAAACUAUGUUGGCGGCAAGCAAAGCGGGGAAGUAUAUCGAAAGUUGUGAGCGACUUGCUGAGCCAUGCCUACCGACGCGCCAGAAUGCCGAGAAGCCCCGAGGUCGCCCCCGCCCCGCGCCUAGCCCUUUGAGCGUGGGGCGCCGGGGAGGUGUUGAGUGUUGCAGGAGGCGAAAGAAAUGCUUGGGGUGUUUGGGAACGUGACAAGGCACGCAUGUGGCGCGGGAAAUCCCGCACGACCCCAACCCGAGUGUCCCUAGCCGAUGCGCCUGCGCGUCGUAGCGGCAUGGAGGCUCUAACGGGGCGUUACACGCCUAUUAGCUC